AUGUGUGCCCUGAUUGUGGCAAUAAUUCUCGCCACCUGGGGCUUCCCCAAAAUCGUCAAGAUGCAGGUGCAAAAGAACGUCCAAAUCGAAAACUCGUCGGUGAUGUUCGAGAAAUGGAGGAAGCUGCCUAUGCCGCUCACAUUCAAGAUCUACUUAUUCAAUGUCUCUAAUCCAGAGGAUGUGAACAAUGGCGAGAAGCCCAAGGUGACGGAGAUCGGGCCGUAUGUUUACAAAGAAUACCGAGAGAGGACAGUGCUCGGCUACGGCGAGAACGACACAGUGAAGUACAUGAUGAGAAAGUCGUUCGUAUUCGACGCCAAGGCAUCAGGCGCGCUGACGGAGCAGGAUGACGUCACAGUCAUCAACUUGACCUACUUGGCGGUCAUACUGUCGGUCAACUCGAUGAUGCCGGCCAUCCUGGUCGCCGUGAACAACGCCCUACAAACCUUCUUCGGCGAGCUCAGGGACCCCUUCAUGCGGGUGAAGGUCAAGGACCUGCUGUUCGACGGGGUCUACCUCAGCUGCGAAGGCAACAGCUCGGCGCUGAGUCUGGUGUGUGGUACGUUGCGUGCGAAGCGACCCUCCACUAUACGUCCUUCGCCUGACGGCAAAGGAUACUACUUCUCCAUGUUCUCCCAUUUCAACUCCAGCGAGCUGGGGCCCUUCGAGAUGGUGCGCGGUACCCAGGACCUGAGCGAGCUCGGCCACAUAGUCUCCUACAAGGGCAUGCGCGUGAUGAAAGAGUGGCGUGAACCGAAGUGCGGCGAGCUGAAGGGCUCCGACGCCACCGUGUACCCACCCAUCGACGAGAGCAACGUGCCACAGAGGCUGUACACCUUUGAACCGGACAUCUGCAGAUCGCUCUUCGUGAGCCUCAUCGACAAGAGGUCCGUCUUCAACAUGAGCGCCUACUACUACGAGCUGACUUCGGCCGCGCUCGCGUCGAAAAGCGUCAAUCCGGAAAACAAAUGCUACUGCAGAAAGAAUUGGAGCGGAAACCAUGACGGGUGUCUCUUGAUGGGCGUGCUUAACCUGAUGCCGUGCCAGGGGGCGCCCGCGAUCAUCUCGCUGCCACACUUCUACCUCGCGUCCGAGGAAGUCCUCGACUACGUCUACGACGGCAUCUCUCCGGACCCAGAGAAGCACAAGACCUUCAUGUACCUGGACCCGGUCACAGGGGUUGUUAUGAAGGCGGCUCAACGGAUACAAUUCAACAUAGAGCUCCGCAAUAUGCCGAACCUCACGCAACUGGCGAAUGUGCGCACAGGAAUCUUCCCUCUAUUAUGGUUCGACGAGAGCGCGGAAAUACCGGAAGCAAUACAGGACGAGCUGAAACACUCGCACACUCUACUGGGAUACGUGGAGACGGUAAGGUGGGCCAUACUGGUGGCUGCUUUGGCGGCGGCGGUGGUGAGCGCCAUAGCUGUCGCCCGAUCCGGCGCCAUGCCCCCCUGCGGCCGCAAGAACAGCGUCAACUUUGUCACGCGGCCCCCCAACGCCGCCACGCUGGAGGGGAACAAGCAC